GAACAGAGCAGGGACAUUCCCCGUCUCCGUCUCUGCACACACUCAUAGGGAAUGUUCCGGCAGUGUUUUCUUCACCUACUCGUGGAUUUUGCAUGAAGGAGCAAAGAUCAGGAUCUGCUGAAAGAGUGAUCUGUGUGUGUGUGUGUGUGUGCAGUGUGACCCGCUUGUGUAAUCCGGGCGUCAGAGCGGCCAUGGUUUGGGGUUUAGUGUGUGUGUGUGUUUGUGUGUUUCGGGCCGCCGGCUUCAUCUGGCGGCUGGUUUUCUGGGCUGUUGGGAGGAUGAGGUGCUGUCAGGAGAGUGUGCAGACCUGCUUCUACCUGCGACACGUCUAUCAGAUGACAGAGGGACGCCUGUGCCAGGUGCAGCUGCUGGACGACAGAAAGCUGGAGAUGUUGGUUCAGCCCAAGCUGUUGUCUCGUGAACUCCUGGAUUUGGUCUCAUCACAUUUCAACCUCAAAGAGAAGGAAUACUUUGGCUUUACCUAUGUGGACGACACUGGUCAGUGUAAGUGGUUACAGCUGGAGCGCAGAGUUCUGGAGCACGACUUCAGCAAGAAAUCAGGCCCCAUCGCCCUUCAGUUCCUGGUCAGGUUUUACAUAGAGAGCAUUUCACUUCUGAAGGAGCACACGACCGUGGAGCUGUUCUUUCUGAACGCCAAGUCAGCCAUCUAUAAUGGUGACAUCGAGGUGGAGAGUGAGCUGGUUUUUAAAUUAGCAGCUCAUGCAUUGCAGGAAUCUAAAGGAGACUAUACAAGUGAUGAAAACACCAGAGCAGACCUGAAGAAAUUUCCAGUACUGCCCACUAAAGUGCUGAAGGAGCAUCCGUCACUGGCAUACUGUGAGGAGCGCGUGAUGGAGCAGUACAGGCUGUUGAAGGGGAUCUCCAGAGGACAGGCCAUAGUGCAGUAUAUGACACUGGUGCAGUCACUGCCCACAUACGGAGUGCAUUAUUAUGAAGUCAAGGAUAAGCAGGGUAUGCCGUGGUGGCUGGGCAUCAGUUAUAAAGGCAUUGGACAGUACGACCACCAGGAUAAAGUAAAACCCCGAAAGCUCUUCCAGUGGAAACAGCUGGAAAACCUGUAUUUCAGAGAGAAGAAGUUUGCUGUGGAAGUCAAUGACCCUCACAGGCGAGCAGUGACUAAGCGCACGUUUGGUCAGACGGGACUGGUGAUCCACACUUGGUACGCGACUCACUCCCUGAUCAAAACCAUCUGGGUCAUGGCCAUCAGUCAGCACCAGUUCUACCUCAACAGAAAACAGAGCAAAGCAAAAAUCACCACAGCCAGAAGUCUAGGAGACAUCGCAGUGGAUCUGACGGAGAACGGAGCAUCGAAGAUGAGCAAACUGAGCGCUGGAGUGAAGAACCAGCUCAUCAUGGCCAGCAACGGCAGCCUGGUUUCCACAGGUUCGGCUGAUUCAGAAAUGAACGACGAGCAGAAAAAAGAGAAGCUUGCGGAGCUGAGAAAGAAGGAGCGAGACAUUCAGGACAUACUAAGCCAAAAACUGACCGAGCUGAAGGAAAUAUGCCUGCGGGAAGCCGAACUCACUGGCAAACUCCCGAAAGAGUAUCCGCUUAUUAAAGGAGAAACCCCUCCUCAUGUGCGCAGGAGAGUCGGGACGGCCUUUAAACUGGACGACCUUUUCCCAUAUAAUGAGGACCCGUAUCUCAGAAAUCUGGAGAGCCGCUUUGCAUUGCAGCAGAAGAUCGUGGAGGCGGCCAAGAAGCUCGCGGCGGAGCCUGACAUCUCCAAAUUAGUGCGGAAAAAACGACGGAGGAACUGUCUGGACGCCAUGCAGAAACUGCAGGAGAUCGAAGAUGAAAUGAACCAAUACAGGCUGAAGAAAGGACAGAAACCCACGCAGAGAGCCUCUGUGAUCAUCGCCGAUGAACUGGCUCAGUCCGAGUGCAGCUCUCUGUGUGAUAGUCUUCCUCUCGAUGACGAUGAUGGCGGUCAGAGGCCGCGUUCUCGAUCAGUGCAGUGUUCUCCAUGUCUCAGUCCUCCUCUGUCUUCAUCCGGGCUGGAUUUCGACCCCGAGAGACGAUCUUCAUCCAGCGACACACACCACGACAGACCUCUGAACAGAUUAGAUCAUGAGGUGCAAGAGCCUGGACAUUAUUAUACCCCUCGAGAGGUUUUCUCCGCCCAGAGCAGUCCCUGUAAAACUUUAUCCAGAAUGCCAAAGGAUCCCCGCAGUUUACCACAGACCCCAGUCCUGCCCCGUAAUGCCUACAGCAGCAGUCAACUCCGGUCAGACGGUCACAUCCGAGCUUUCCGGCAUCGCAGUGGCAGUUUGGAGUCUCAGUCACAACUUUUCCAUUCUCACUGUGCAAACAAGUCUGUCUUCCCGCUGUCUCCCUCCCGCCGCAGCAACAGCACUGAGGUGUUGGACGACUGCUCCUCCUAUACCAGCAUGUCCAGCAUGGACUUCUGCCUCCCCUGCUCGGCUACUCCUCCUUACCGCACCCUGGACUCACACUCCCACGACUACCGGCUCCACCGCAAAGUGGAGAUCUAUGGCAAUACAGGCAGCAUGCCCAACCUGGUCCCUCAAAACUCCAGUUCCUACCAGCAGAACCACUACGGACCAACUGCUUACUACGUCGCUGGGUAUGCUGGCUUCGAUUAUGAGCCUUGUUCCAAUGGAGCUUAUGUUUACGAGAGCGAAAUAGAGGGUCACUAUAACAUCAAUCCCACUUACCCUGCACAUGGCUACCAGGGCCGGGGUCGCAACAGGCAUUAUGGAAUAGAAGGUUUGGAUAAUUUGUCACAGAAUCCAUAUGCCACCGUUAGGCCCCCUAGAGGAAGGCAGGGACCCUUGAAUGAGGUGCUGACGAAGAACAUGUACAGGGCUUUGGUGGCAGAGCAUUUAAAGGGAUGGUACAACCGCAGUGCUGGGCAUAGGGACCCAGGCACCUAUCAGCUGGUGUACACCUACAAGUAUGACCGCGGUUCCCAGCACAGCUUGGGCUACCAGACGCUGCCCGCACCCUUCAGCCACUCCAGCCGGACCAACUCCUUCUCCUCAGUGUCGUCGACUGCUAGCGGAGGGGGAAACUGGCAGAAUCAGUUAGCAGUGGGUCUGGCGGAUGGAGAACUGCCGGACGGUCCCUUGAGCGCUGGGGCUUAUAGUCCUGCAUACAGCCGCAGUCCAACACACAGCAGCCGGUUCCCAUCAGAAGGAGCGGCGUCUCACACUUCAGAGCCACUGGAGGUGUUUGGAGCCGUGGCCAGCUGCUCCGACACAGAAAACUGAACUGCACACAGGACAGUGCGAUCACAGAGCACAAGCUGAAACCACAGCAACUCGACUGCAGACAAGAAAGCAGACAAGAAGCACCUUAAGGACAGAUGUGGACGACAUGGACAUAACCCAGAGAUGUCUUUCAGUUCCAGAGCGACAGUGGAUGCAAAUACAAGUGGAUAAAUGACCCUGUCUGCGUCAUUAUUAAUGUGGCGAACACAGACAAACUGAAAGCAAAUGAGAAGUGCGCACAUAGACUGAAUGUCAUUUCAGAGUUUCCGAAUGCCGAGGAGACGAGCCAUUUUAUACAUCAUCAACAGCGGACAUGCAAGACUCAGAAUAAUGUAAAUAUUAUUAUUACCCCUGUUGUUUUUAAUAGCUUUUUUAAUUUAUUGAGAGCUGCAGAAGUGCGUGAUUUGCACUCGGAUCAUGACGAGCGAGUUGUUUGCAGUACAUGUGUUAUCCUGCACAAGCUCUGUUAGAAUAGCACUUGAUUGAAGUAAACUGCCGAUGCCAGAAGAUCCAGACUUAAUCAUUCUGCUUUAAAAGAAAAACAGAGGUCGAGCUGAUAUUUUGAGCCUGUUUGUGCUGUAAUGAUGUCGUCAGUGAUAUUACAGCAAUGUUUCAGUUCAGCACAAGUGAAGAUUGAGGCUGGCAUCUGAAACACGCUGUCGAUGAACACACAGAUUAAUUCAGGAAAUGAGCAUAUCCUAAAUAAUUGAAUAAUAUAAAAUAAUGAGGUGGUUAGCACCUCACAGCAAAAAGGUUGCUGAUCUGAGCCCUGGCUGGGUCAGUUGGCAUUUCUAUGUGGAGUUUGCAUGUAUUCCCCUUGUUGGCGUGGGUUUCCUGCGGGUGCUCCGGUUUCCCCCACAGUCCAAACACAUGCGCUAUAGGGGAACUGAGUAGGCUAAAUUAUCCAUAGUGUAUGAGUGUGUUUGUGAAUGAGUGAUGGGUUAGGGUUAGG